UUUGGCCUUUGCGCAUAUUUUUCAAUCGACCGCAAAGAAUGCAAAAAAACCCCCCCUCGGAUUACCUCUUGAGCGGCAUCACCCUCUCUCACACACUUGCCCACUCACAAAGUCCAACAAUUGCGCACAAGCACGCAUGCAUUGAAGCGUAGAUCAGAUGGUGUUCUUUGGCAAGCUGCUCUGGAUAAGGCUCCCGGUGCGCUGGUACCACGAGCCAUAGUGCUCGCCGAGAGGCCCCUCGUUUUGGGGCACCGGGACAUCCAUAUUUGAGCUUCUCAUCCCGCGAGCCAAGCUUCCCGCCGCCAUCUGCGCAUCCGGACGAGACCCGGGGUCGUUGUCAAUCAGCAGCGGCGUGUGCUCGCUGUGGUGGAAGCAGUGGCCGGCGUUGCCGCUGGAGAUGCUCGCCUGGGAGCUAGAGCACGAGCGCGUGUCCCCGCGCCGGAGCGACCACCGGCGCCAGAGCGCGAUAAUGGCAGCAAUCAGCGUCGCCAGCACCAGAACCGACGGCAUGACUACAUACUCCACUCGCGUGCUAACAAGACAGUGUCCGUGGUAGUAGCUCCAUGAUGCGCCACUGUGCGCGUAUUUUUCCAGCGGACCAGGGUCGCCCACACAGCUCUGGCAGCCUUUGUUAGCGGCGCACUUCCUGAUCGACAAGAGAGUGCUGUUGGACAAUGUAUCUGGGUCGAGGGUGCGUUGGUUGGAAUACAUGCUUUUUUAUUGCGUUCGUGAAGUAAUGGAGUGGAAUUUGGAUUUGGAUUUGGAUUUGGAUAAAGAAAAGUGGUGAGAGAAAAGUGGUGAGAGAAAAUGCUGAUGAGGAAGGAGGAGGAUCUCCAAAAAAACCAGAGACAGACACGG